GUAAAGCGUAUUUAAGUGCCGUUGCGCACGGUUGUCGGGGCAAAACAGCAACACAGACCGACGAGUACGAGUGUCACCCAGCCAGCUCACAUUGUCAUUUAUCUACGGGAUUAUUAAAGAAAUAGUAAUUGUCAGCAAUAACAUAAGCAACAGCAAACAGCAAAAAACAAACAACAAACAGCAAAAUGAUACCAACAGUAACGAAAAACUACCAGAACGUGGUAAUCAGCACUGGCAACAUCAUUAACAACGAACUGGGACAGCGCAAAUCCAACGAGGAGCUCUACGACGGUCUGAAAAUAACACUGCACAGUGACCCAAACGCAGAGCGCGUGGUGGUCGAGAUCGACAAGUUGCACGGCCGCGUGCUGUGCGCUACACAGGAGCUGAGCAACAAGCUGACGGAGAAUGGACGCAAUGAGAUUAGCAUUGGUGCUAAGAUAUUCCUGAACAAAAAAUCAACGGAGUGCAUUAAGGAGGCCGUUGACGCCCUCCUCAACAUACUCAAUGUUUCGCAUGUGGACAACGUGGUGCUGGCGUACCAUCCCAAUGCGUCAAGCGUUGCCAACGCAACGAUUGGGACCACAACACCAACACCGAAAUCACCCUGCUCCGAGGGAAUCACUAGCCCGACAAGUGACCCCGCCAAUGGAUGGAGUCAACGCAAUGGUGAGCAGGGCGUAGCCGAACUGAAGAUGCUGUACAAGGGACUGGAGCAAUAUGCACUCAAGCAACAAAUCAAACAGUUGGGCAUCGCUGAUUUGGAUGCCAAGGCGCUGCAGGAUCUAUACAAGUCAGCCGAGGUGCAUCCAACUAUUGCACAGGUCAACUUGGCCGCCUGCUGUGUGGUCCCGACCGAUCUGCAAGAGUUCUGCAAGGAGCAUGAACUGGUGUUGAACACCCACAGCGAUCCCGAGCUGCUGCUGCCCGCGGAGCAGUUCUCAUGCCUCGCACCUGGCUACACAAUCGAUUGGUCGCUGCGCUAUCAAGUUCACGUGCGCUGCCGCGGCGUUCUCACUGCCAAGGGUUACAUUGUUGGGGCCUCUAAGCCGAGCGCCAAUAAUUGAAUUGAACAGACGCUUGUGUUCUACGACGAGAGAGUAAUGGCAUAGUUCAAAGCUAAGAUGAAUUUUAUAGUAUAAUAGAUAUAUAUAUAUAGAGUAUGUAUGUAUGUAUGUAAUACUGUACUUAUUGUUUGUUAUACAAAGCCGGAACAGAGAGAGAGAGAGAGAGAACAGAGAAUGACGCGAAUGUGGCGUGCGCUCUUCACUUGAUUCGAUUGUGAAAAGUUUUCUGAUUUUUGAAUAUAAACAUUUUCUAAAACAACCAA